AUGAGGUUUCAACUCACUGAGGUAUCGCCCAUGAACAAAACAUACAUAUUCUACAAUUUCUUUACAGAACAAAACUGUAAUAUUCUAAUAUUACUUUGAUUCUAAAAAAUAACUCAGAAUUCUGUACAGCUGAACUGAACUUUAUUACACAGAUGUCGUACAUCAAAAUAUGAUAUAGCUUAUUUUAAUAUCUUAGAGGCUUGCAAUUCCACACACAUGUAAACUCCAUUGUUAGUAUAAGAAGGGCUGAGUUGUGAAAAACCAAAUGCAUGUCCGUUUUCAUGAGAUCCUGGAGCUAGAGUGUCAUAAUGUGCUGGGACGUUUGCACGCAGUUUGUGGGUCAAAUUAUAAUGGUAAAGUAUAGAAAAAUAAGACUGGGACAGAAAGACUUAUUACAGGUCCUCCUAAUGUUCAGUCUUGGCAAAAUCUCUUCAACGAGGAGAAAGAAAAGGAAUUUGUAGGCAGACACAAUGCAAUCAAAUGAACAAGCCAGUGCCAGAUCACCAGAAAACAUCUUGUUGAAAAUUCUGCCACGUUUGAUAUAAUAUAAAACCAGAACUAUGAGAUGCUGGUCAAGUUCAAAAUGUGGAAAAUGCAGCCAGAUUGUUAGAUGAUUUUUCCUCUAUUCACCCCCUGUCUGAUUAUCUGGCCUUUAAUAUGAAAUUAAAGGGAUACCAUAGGCAUCAAAACUACUUCAGCUUAAUGAAACCGUUUUUGUGCAUAGAGCAUGUCCCUGCAGUCUCACUGCUCAAUUCUCUGCCAUUUAGGAGUUAAAUUACUUUUGUUUCUGUUUAUGCUGCCCUAGCCACAUCACUCCUGGCUGUGACUCACACAGCCUGCAUGAAACAAUGGUUUAAUUUUCAAUCAGAUGUUAAAGUGUUUAUCGCCUAUUCUGUAUAUUGAACUUUAAUCACACACAGGAGAGAAAAAAAUGGGUCGCAAGAGUAUUCUGAGAACAGACAGCAGCUAAAAUAGCCUGCCCUUCGGUGGGUCCCCGCUCAGAACUCAAGCUGGUUUUAGCUCAACUUGUGCCAUUACAGAGAGAACAUAUCUGAAGCAUAUCAGACUGGUCCCACCCAUACGGGCAGUCCAGAUCCGAAAUGCCAGCAAGUUCUUUCUGCACGAGAGAUACAGCAACCCCAGACGAUCGUUUCAGCCUUGUUAGGCAUCAUCAGUGAGGCAUAGCUGAUAUCUCUCUAGGCACCGUGAGCAAGGAGGUCCACGCCUGAUUACCCUUUAAACUAAUGGAGAGAAAAAUGGGUCGCAAGAGUAUUCUGAGAACAGACAGCAGCUAAAAUAGCCUGCCCUUCGGUGGGUCCCCGCCAGAACUCGUUGGUUUUAGCUCAACUUAGCCAUUACAGAGAGAACAUAUCUGAAGCAUAUCAGACUGGUCCCACCCAUACAGGCAGUCCAGAUCCGAAAUGCCAGCAAGUUCUUCUGCACGAGAUACAGCAACCCCAGACGAUCGCUUCAGCCUUGUUAGGCAUCGCCAGUGAGGCAUAGCUGAUAUCUCUAGGCACCGCGGAGCAAGGGGUCCACGUCUGAUUACCCUUUAAACUAAUGGAGAGAAAAAAAUGGGUCGCAAGAGUAUUCUGAGAACAGACAGCAGCUAAAAUAGCCUGCCCUUCGGGUGGGUCCCCUCUCAGAACCAAGCUGGUUUUAGCUCAACUUGUGCCAUUACAGAGAGAACAUAUCUGAAGCAUAUCAGACUGGUCCCACCCAUACGGGCAGUCCAGAUCCGAAAUGCCAGCAAGUUCUCUCUGCACGAGAGAUACAGCAACCCCAGACGAUCGUUUCAGCCUUGUUAGGCAUCGUCAGUGAGGCAUAGCUGAUAUCUCUCUAGGCACCGUGAGCAAGGGGUCCACGUCUGGAUUACCCUUUAAACUAAUGGAGAGAAAAAAAUGGGUCGCAAGAGUAUUCUGAGAACAGACAGCAGCUAAAAUAGCCUGCCCUUCGGUGGGUCCCCGCUCAGAACUCAAGCUGGUUUUAGCUCAACUUGUGCCAUUACAGAGAGAACAUAUCUGAAGCAUAUCAGACUGGUCCCACCCAUACGGGCAGUCCAGAUCCGAAAUGCCAGCAAGUUCUCUCUGCACGAGAGAUACAGCAACCCCAGACGAUCGUUUCAGCCUUGUUAGGCAUCGUCAGUGAGGCAUAGCUGAUAUCUCUCUAGGCACCGUGAGCAAGGGGUCCACGUCUGGAUUACCCUUUAAACUAAUGGAGAGAAAAAAAUGGGUCGCAAGAGUAUUCUGAGAACGGACAGCAGCUAAAAUAGCCUGCCCUUCGGUGGGUCCCCGCUCAGAACUCAAGCUGGUUUUAGCUCAACUUGUGCCAUUACAGAGAGAACAUAUCUGAAGCAUAUCAGACUGGUCCCACCCAUACGGGCAGUCCAGAUCCGAAAUGCCAGCAAGUUCUCUCUGCACGAGAGAUACAGCAACCCCAGACGAUCGUUUCAGCCUUGUUAGGCAUCGUCAGUGAGGCAUAGCUGAUAUCUCUCUAGGCACCGUGAGCAAGGGGUCCACGUCUGGAUUACCCUUUAAACUAAUGGAGAGCAAAAAUGGGUCGCAAGAGUAUUCUGAGAACAGACAGCAGCUAAAAUAGCCUGCCCUUCGGUGGGUCCCCGCUCAGAACUCAAGCUGGUUUUAGCUCAACUUGUGCCAUUACAGAGAGAACAUAUCUGAAGCAUAUCAGACUGGUCCCACCCAUACAGGCAGUCCAGAUCCAAAAUGCCAGCAAGUUCUCUCUGCACGAGAGAUACAGCAACCCCAGACGAUCGUUUCAGCCUUGUUAGGCAUCGUCAGUGAGGCAUAGCUGAUAUCUCUCUAGGCACCGUGAGCAAGGGGUCCACGUCUGGAUUACCCUUUAAACUAAUGGAGAGAAAAAAAAUGGGUCGCAAGAGUAUUCUGAGAACAGACAGCAGCUAAAAUAGCCUGCCCUUCGGUGGGUCCCCGCUCAGAACUCAAGCUGGUUUUAGCUCAACUUGUGCCAUUACAGAGAGAACAUAUCUGAAGCAUAUCAGACUGGUCCCACCCAUACGGGCAGUCCAGAUCCGAAAUGCCAGCAAGUUCUCUCUGCACGAGAGAUACAGCAACCCCAGACGAUCGUUUCAGCCUUGUUAGGCAUCGUCAGUGAGGCAUAGCUGAUAUCUCUCUAGGCACCGUGAGCAAGGGGUCCACGUCUGGAUUACCCUUUAAACUAAUGGAGAGCAAAAAAUGGGUCGCAAGAGUAUUCUGAGAACGGACAGCAGCUAAAAUAGCCUGCCCUUCGGUGGGUCCCCGCUCAGAACUCAAGCUGGUUUUAGCUCAUCUUGUGCCAUUACAGAGAGAACAUAUCUGAAGCAUAUCAGACUGGUCCCACCCAUACAGGCAGUCCAGACCCGAAAUGCCAGCAAGUUCUCUCUGCACGAGAGAUACAGCAACCCCAGACGAUCGUUUCAGCCUUGUUAGGCAUCGUCAGUGAGGCAUAGCUGAUAUCUCUCUAGGCACCGUGAGCAAGGGGUCCACGUCUGGAUUACCCUUUAGACUAAUGGAGAGCAAACAAUGGGUCGCAAGAGUAUUCUGAGAACAGACAGCAGCUAAAAUAGCCUGCCCUUCGGUGGGUCCCCGCUCAGAACUCAUGCUGGUUUUAGCUCAACUUGUGCCAUUACAGAGAGAACAUAUCUGAAGCAUAUCAGACUGGUCCCACCCAUACAGGCAGUCCAGAUCCGAAAUGCCAGCAAGUUCUCUCUGCACGAGAGAUACAGCAACCCCAGGAGGCUCGGGGUCUAGAAGGCUAUUAACAGAGCAGGAAAUAAGAAAUUUUAAAUUAAACAGAAUGUGCAAUAAAGGAAGUUUAAACAUUAAAUAUAUCUCAUAUGAAGUGUUUAGGAAGGCUGUGCAAACAAAUUAUUUAACUUCUAAAUGGCUGAGAAUUGAGCAGUGAGACUGCAGGGGCAGGAUCUGCACACCCAAACUGAUUAAUUAAGCUAAAGUUGCUUUGGUGCUUAUAGUGCCCCUUUAAGUUCUUCUAUUGACUAGAACUUUUACUGGUAUCCUAGUCAUGGUCCUGUUUGUCUCUGUAGUUAAAAAAUGUAUAGAAUCCAGCUUAAUUAAUAAUAAUCAAUGGGAAGACCAGCACUCAAGAUCAAUAUAAUGGAAAUACACACAAAUCUAGUAAUGCAAGGAACAAAUGUAGUAAGAGACAUUGCAUUGGAGCAGUGCUAUACCUAGCAUGAGGUUGGCAAGGCAUUUGCUCUGGGCGGCACUUUCAGUGUCCCGUCCCCCCCGAGGUUGGCAAGCACUGAUAAUUAAGGAGAGUGGCGAGGGAGCACCCUCCCCUGAGCUCUCUCCUGCUCUGCUCCCUCGCGCACCUGCAGUGAUGCCGGAGUCAGAAUAUGAUGUCACUCCGGCCCCGGCAUCACUGAGAAGCGCGAGAGGGAGCUGAGUAGGAAGAACACUGAUCACUUGCCACCCGCACUGUACGCCCGCACGCCAGCCGGUAAGCCCAGCAGCUCCAGGGACCACACACCAGCUGCUCAGCCCAACACUGGACCCAAGGGAAAUAGAGAUUCCAUGCUAACACUCCCAAAGGUAGGGAGGCUGGGUGGAGUGAAAUUUUAAAAAUAAAAAUAAAUUAUGUGUGUCUGUAAGGGAGUUUGUAUGUGUGUUUGUCAGUGAGAGUGUAUGUGUGCUUGUCAGUAAGAGUGUAUGUGUGUUUGCCAGUGAGAGUGUAUGCCAGUGAGAGUGUAUGUGUGCUUGUCAGUGAGAAUGUAUGUGUGCUUGUCAGUGAGUGUGUAUGUGUGUAAUGUAUGUGUGCUUGUCAGUGAGUGUGUGUAUGUAUGUUUGUCAAUGAAAGUGUAUGUGUUCUUGUCAGUGAGAAUGGGUGUGUGCUUGUCAGUGAGUGUGUAUGUGUGUUUUGUCAGUGAGUGUGUAAUGUAUGUGUGCUUGUCAGUGGGUGUGUUUGUGCAUUUGUCAAUGAGUGUGUACAUGUGUUUGUCAGUGAGAGUGUAUUUGUGCUUGUCAGUGAGAAUGUAUGUGUGCUUGUCAGUGAGUAUGUAUGUGUGUUUUGUCAGUGAGUGUGUAAUGUAUGUGUGCUUGUCAGUGGGUGUGUUUGUGCGUUUGUCAAUGAGUGUGUAUAUGUGUUUGUCAGUGAGAGUGUAUUUGUGCUUGUCAGUGAGAAUGUAUGUGUGCUUGUCAGUGAGUGUGUAUGUGUGCUUGUCAGUGAGAGUGUAUGUGUGCUUGUCAGUGAGUGUAUGUGUGUUUGUCAGUGAGAGUGUAUGUGUGCUUGUCAGUGAGAGUGUAUGUGUGCUUGUCAGUGAGUGUAUGUGUGUUUGUCAGUAAGAGUGCAUAUGUGUUUGUCAGUAAGAGUGCAUAUGUGUUUGCCAGUGAGAGUGUAUAUUUGUUUGCAUGUGUAUUUGUCAGAGUAUAUUUGUUUCUCAGAGAGUGUGUAUGUGUGUCUGUCGGUGAAUGUGUGUGUCCGUCAGUGACUGUGAGUGUUAGUAAGUGUGUGUGUUUCAGUAAAAGUGUGUGUUAGUUAAACAGUGUGUGUGUCAAUGACUGUGUAUCAGUCAGUGAGUGUAUGUCAGUGAGUGUGUAUGUGUGUUUGUCAGUUAGUGUGUGUGUGUGUGUGUGUAAUGUAUGUGUGCUUGUCAGAGAGGGUGUUUGUGCAUUUGUCAAUGAGUGUGUAUAUGUGUUUGUCAGUGAGAGUGUAUUUGUGCUUGUCAGUGAGAAUGUAUGUGUGCGUGUCAGUGAGUGUGUAUGUGUGUAAUGUAUGUGUGCUUGUCAGUGAGUGUGUAUAUGUGUUUGUCAGUGAGAGUGUAUGUGUGUUGGUUAGUAAGAGUGUAUAUGUGUUUGCCAGUGAGAGUGCAUGUGUGUUUGUCAGUGAGAGUGUAUAUUUGUUUGUAUGUGUAUUUGUCAGAGUAUAUUUGUCAGAGUAUAUUCUCAGAGAGUGUGUCUGUCAAAGAGUAUGUGUGUUUGUCAGUAAGAGUGUAUGUGUGUUUGUCACUGAGAGUGUAUAUGUGUUUGGAUGUGUAUCUGUCAAAGAGUAUGUGUGUUUGUCAGAGAGUGUGUAUGUGUGUCUGUCGGUGAAUGUGUGUGUCCGUCAGUGAAUGUGAGUGUCAGUAAGUGUGUAUGUUUCAGUAAAAGUGUGUGUUGGUUAAACAGUGUGUGUGUCAAUGACUGUGUAUCGGUCAGUGAGUGUAUGUCAGUAUAUGCAUCAGUGAGGGCAUGUGUCUGUCAGGCAAAGAGAAAUUUAGAUAUGGGGGAUGAGUGGAGGGUGCCCAUGUUUUGUCAUGCCUAGGGCAGCACAAAACCAAAAUACACCGCUGCAUUGGAGUUGUGCUGGACAAUAAAAAGAGUCCUGCUUUUCCUGCAGACCACAAGGAACAAAAUUCCAUAUUCUACUCUUUCUAAACGUAGGGCUAGUAAACAAAUAUACAAUGAGAAUUAAGAGGAGAAAAGAAGUACAGUGAGAAAUUAGGGUGAAAAUUAGUAAAUAAGAGUAGGAAAAGAUAAAUAUAGUUGGAGAUGUAAUAGAACAGAUUAUGUGCAAGAUAUGGGAAACUUAGCUGCACCACAACCCAUUCUGAAACCAGUAACUGAAGGUUCAAGCAAUAAUUACCAAUUUUUUACUACUAUUUUAUAUAUAGAGAGAGUUUGUGUUUUGUGUUUGGAGAAUGCAAGUCUAACUAGUAACGUUCAACAGACAAAAUAUAUAGAUAUCAUACCUGUCCCUUGCACAAGUGAAAGGGACAAACAUAUAAGGAUGUAACAAUUGUUUUCUCAUUUGUUAGGAUCUUAAAAACAUAUCUAUAUUUUUUUUUACAUAAAUGUAAAAAACAGAUAACAUUCGUAUCUUGUAAUACCUUUUUUAUUGGACUAACAGAAUGAAUUAUUAAUUAUUUUUACAUAGAAAGAAAAAAAUGAAUAGGUGAAGUAAUCAGACAAAAUUUACCAUUGUAUGUUAGUAGAGCCCUGUGUUCAUCCAGUAGAAAUUAAACAGAACCCUGCAGCAUGUAAAGAUUAUGUAGCCCUAUAAAAAAAAAAAAUAAAAAAAAAUUAGUGUGGAAAUAUAAUGUGAAUAGUUUUCUGAGAAUCCUAAAUUUAUAUGGAAUAAUUACUUUUUGCUCUAAUUUUCCUCAGGUGGAAAAGGUAAUGCCAAACAGCACAUUUUAUUUUACUAUUGUACGAAAUCCAGUUUCUCACAUGGAAUCAUCGUUCUCAUAUUUCAAAAACAUAGAUGUAUUUCAUGGAGCUAAAAGUCUAGAGGACUUCUUCACCAAUACCUCAAAAUACUAUAAAACCAACAGUGCAAACGGUUACUAUGCCAAGAACUUCAUGGCUUUUGAUUUGGGUUUUGACAACAAUGGACGAGAAUCUACAAAACACUUUAAACUUAUGUGUCAGGCAGUAGACAUCAUGUUUGACCUGGUGUUAAUAUCAGACUACUUUGAUGAAUCUUUAGUGCUUUUGAAGAAUGCACUAUGUUGGACUUUUGAAGAUAUUCUAUCAAUUCCACUUAACAGUAGAAGCAACAAUACAAAACAAGUACUCUCUAAAGAAACCCAGGAAAAGAUCAAAAACUGGAAUCAGUUAGACUGGAAUCUAUAUGUCUACUUUAAUAGGUCUUUCUGGAAUAAGGUGGACAACUUUGGGAGGAAGAGAAUGGAGAAUGAAGUAGAGGAGCUUCGGAAAAAGAGGACUGAAAUCACACAGAUCUGCUUACAAGGUGAAGUGGAUCCUGACCAAAUGCAAAACAAAUCUCUAAAACCCUACCAGUCAGGACUAGCCAGAAUCCUCGGACACAACUUGAAGCCAGGAUUAAAAGAAAGUGACAGGCUUUUAUGCCAAAAACUAAUUACUCCAGAAAUUCAGUAUACUGAACUACUGAAGAAGAGAGCUAAACAUAAUCUACACUAA